AUGAGUCCUCCGGUUCUCCGGUUAGAAACCACCGAUGUGUCCUCCGGUUCUCCGGUUAGAAACCACCGAUGUGUCCUCCGGUACCAGCUGAAGCUCUUUGCCCGGAUGUGUUUGGACCGUCAGUAUCUGGCCAUAGACGAGAUCUCCAAACAGCUGGACAUUGAGCUCAUCUUCCUGUGCAUGAUGGACGAGACGCUGCCCUUUGACCUGCGGGCGUCUUUCUGUCGCCUCAUGCUCCACGCCCACGUAGACCGAGACCCCCAGGAGCUGGUGACUCCUGUGAAGUUCGCCCGCCUCUGGACUGAAAUCCCCACGUCCAUCACCAUCAAAGAUUACGACUCCAACAUGGACGACAGCAGAGACAACAAGAAGAACCGUUUCUCCAACACCAUGGUGUUCAUGGAAGAGUAUCUGAACAACGUGCUGCACGACGAGCUGCCGUUCCACAACGAGGAGAAGAACAAACUCACAUACGAGGUGGUGAGUUUGGCCCGACAUUUGAUCUACUUUGGUUUCUACAGUUUCUUUGAGCUGCUCAGACUCACCAGAACGCUGCUCGGCAUCAUCGACUGCAGACCGAACCCUGCUCAAGCCGCGCUCUUAUUUCACGAUGACGGAUCAGGGAAGAACGUGAAGCGCUCCAUACACGGGAUGGGUCAGAUUAUGUCCACCAUGGUGCUCAACAGGAAGCAGUCCAUAUUUGGCGGCGGUGGAGCCAGGGGGGCGGGGCUGGGGGCGGGACUUGUGCUUGAAGGACAGAGAGGCAGUAAGGACAGUAUAGAAAACAUGGAUCUGACAGUGAUGGACACCAAGCUGAAGAUACUGGAGAUAUUACAGUUCAUCCUGAACGUUCGUCUGGACUACCGCAUCUCCUUCCUGCUGUCCGUCUUUAAGAAGGAGUUUGUGGAUGUUUAUGACAUGGCCGACGCCGACGCCACCACGAACAUGGAGCAGGCAGCCACCAUCAACCUGCUACACAUUGGGGAGCAGGCGGAGGCCAUGUUUGGAGUCGGUAAGGGGAACAGUAUCCUGGAGGUGGAUGAUGAAGGUGGUCGGAUGUUUCUGCGGGUGCUGGUUCACCUCACCAUGCACGAUUACCCUCCUCUGGUGUCUGGAGCCCUGCAGCUGCUCUUCAGACACUUCAGCCAGAGACAGGAAGUGCUGCACACCUUCAAACAGGUCCAGCUGCUGAUCUCGUCUCAGGAUGUGGAGAACUACAAGCUGAUCAAAGCGGAUCUGGAUCGCCUCCGCACGCUGGUGGAGAAAUCUGAGCUGUGGGUGGAGAAGAAAGGCACAGGAGGAGGAGAAGGAGGAAAGAAGGAAAAGAAAGAGAAAGGAGAGGGGGCAUUAGAGGAAACCACACCCAAGAAGGACAAACUGGAGAAGAGCAACGAGAACUACCAGAAUGUCAAAGAGAUCCUGGAGCGGCUGAAUAAGAUGUGCAGCAGCGGCGUCUGGAAGAAGCAGCAGAGACUCCUGAAGAACAUGGGGGCCCACAAGGUCAUGCUGGACCUGCUGCAGGUCUCCUACGACCAGAACGAUGUGAAGAUGCAGGAGAUCAUCAGGUUCACUCAUCUGUUCCUGCAGAAGUUCUGCAUGGGGAACCAGGAGAACCAGACCCUGCUGCACAAGAACCUCAACCUGUUCCUGAACCCCGGGCUGCUGGAGGCGGAGACGGUUCAGCACAUCUUCAGUAACAACUAUCAGCUGUGCAGCGAGAUCUCGGAGAGCGUCCUGCAGCACUUCAUCCAUUGCCUAGCAACGCACGGCCGCCACGUCCAGUACCUCAACUUCCUGCACACCAUCAUCAAGGCCGAGGGCAAGUACGUCAAGAAGUGUCAGGACAUGAUCAUGACCGAGCUAACGAACUCGGGCGAGGACGUCGUCGUCUUCUACAACGACAAGGCCUCGUUCAACGUCAUGCUGGAGCUGAUGGCGGAGAGCAGGGAGGGGGUCGGCGAGAGCAGCCCGCUCAGGUAUCACAUCUCUCUGGUGGAGCUGCUGGCCGCCUGCGCUGAAGGGAAGAACGUUUACACGGAGAUCAAAUGUACGUCGCUGCUGCCGCUGGAGGACGUCGUCAGGGUGGUGACGCACGACGACUGCAUCACCGAGGUGAAAGUGGCCUACGUGAACUUUGUGAAUCACUGCUACGUGGACACUGAGGUGGAGAUGAAGGAGAUCUACACAUCGAACCACAUCUGGAACCUGUUUGAGGACUUCACGGUGGACAUGGCGAGGGUCUGCAGCAAACGAGAGAAGCGCCUGUCUGAUCCCAUCCUGGAGAAAUACAUCAUCAACGUCGUGUUUGACACCAUCCACGCUUUCUUCAGCUCCCCGUUCUCUGAGAACAGCACCUCUCUGCAGACUCAUCACACCAUCGUCACUCAGCUGCUCCAGUCGUCCGUCAGACUGCUGGACGCUCCGUGGCUGCAGCAGCAGCACAGAGCCCAAGUAGAGACCUGCAUCAAGACUCUGGCUAUGACAGCUAAGAGUCGCUCCAUCUCUCUUCCUCUGGAUCUGGAGGCUCAGAUCAGCUCCAUGUUGUCUACCUCCGCUCUGAACUCGUUGUCUCGCUCCAACCCGAACUACAAGUCUUCGUCCCGCUCGUCCCGACCCAUCGCCCCUAGCAACCCCUGGGACUACAAGAACAUCAUAGAGAAGCUGCAGGACAUCAUCAACACUCUGGAGGAGCGUUUGAAGCCUCUGGUAAACUCUGAGCUGUCGGUUCUGGUUGAUGUUCUUCACCAGCCGGAGCUUCUGUUUCUGGAAGGAACCGACGCUCGCCAGCGCUGCGAGUCCGGAGGCUUCAUCUCUAAGCUGAUCCAGCACACGAAGGCUCUGAUGUCUGCGGAGGAGAAGUUGUGUAUCAAAGUGUUGCGGACGCUGCAGGAGAUGCUGAUCAGGACUCUGGACUUCGAUGAAAAGGGGAUCUCUCUGAGGAAGGUUCUGCUGCAGAACUAUCUGUUCCCAAACAAGAAGAACAACCCGAAGAACGACCUGGCCGAGCUCGGAGCUGCAGGCUGGGAGCAGGAGCGUGAUUGGGCGGCCGUGGCAGCGGUUCAGUGCCGUCUGGACAGAGAAGGAGGAACGAAGCUCUUCACUGAUCUGGUGAUGAGCACCAAGAACGACAAGAUCUUCCAGGAGAGCAUCCAGCUGGCCAUCUGUCUGCUGGAGGGAGGAAACACUGAGAUACAGAACUCUUUCUAUAAACUGAUGAUGGGAGACAACAAGUCGGAGAAGUUCUUCAAGGUUCUUCAUGACCGGAUGAAAGACGCUCAGAUGGACAUCAAAGCUACGGUGUCGGUUAACGUCGGAGAGAUGACGCACAAAGCCAACGAGAAGGAGCUGGAGAACGGAGGUCUCCCGCUGCUGGUCCCGGGUCAGUCCAUCGCCCCCGGAGGAGCCAGCAUAGCGGCUCAGCCAAUCACAGAGCAGCGUGAGGUGGAGACGGAGAUGGGGCCGGCCGUGAUCAUCAUGAAGCCGAUCCUCCGCUUCCUGCAGCUGCUGUGUGAGAACCACAACCACGACCUGCAGAACUUCCUUCGCUGCCAGAACAACAAGACCAACUACAACCUGGUGUGUGAGACGCUUCAGUUCCUGGACAUCAUGUGUGGAAGCACCACCGGCGGCCUCGGCCUGCUGGGCCUCUACAUCAACGAGUCAAACGUCCACUUAAUCACACAGACGCUGGAGACCCUGACUGAGUACUGCCAAGGCCCCUGCCAGGAGAACCAGACCUGCAUCGUGACCCACGAGUCCAACGGCAUCGACAUCAUCACGGCUCUGAUCCUGAACGACAUCAGUCCGCUGUGUCGCUACCAGAUGGAGAUGGUGCUGCAGCUGAAGGACAACGCCUCCAAGCUGCUGCUGGCGCUGAUGGAGAGUCGUCACGACAGCGAGAACGCGGAGAGGAUCCUGUUCAACCUGCGACCUCGAGAGCUGAUGGAGGUGAUAAAGAAGGCCUACUAUCAGGAGAGCGAGUGUGAGGGAGGAGAAGUUUCCCCCCGUGAAGUUGGACAUAACAUCUACAUCCUGGCUCAGCAGCUGGCCAGACACAACAAGAUCCUGCAGAACCUCCUGAGAACUCAGAAGAAAAGUAAAGAGGGAGACGAAGGCAUCUCCUCCAUGCUGAACCUGAACAACCGCCCGCUGUCCCAGAUGUUAACGUCCACCGCUCCGGCUGCCGUAGUGGAGCAAGAUCCACUGGAGUACUACGACCUGCUGACGGCUCAGAUAGAGAUCGUGCGUGAGGACCGCAGCAUGGAGCAGAUCGUGUUUCCGGUUCAUCCGAUCUGUGAGUUCCUGACGGAGGAAUCUAAAUACCGCGUGUUUAACACCACCGAGCAGGACGAGCAGGGGUCAAAGGUCACACAUUUCUUUGAGCAAACUUCCUUCCUGCAUGGAGAGAUGGAGUGGCAGAAGAAGCUGCGGAGUAUGCCAGUGCUGUUCUGGUUCUCCAGGAGAAUGAGUCUUUGGGGAACCAUCUCCUUUAAUCUGGCUGUCUUCGUCAACCUCAUCAUCGCCUUCUUCUACCCGUACGACUCAGGACAAGGAGCGAUAGAUGACUCCCUGUUGUUGAUGCUGUUCUGGAUCCUGACCGGUCUCUCGGUUGUUGGAUUGUUCUCUCAGCGUUACGGUUUCCAGCCGCUCACGCUGGCUCUGAUACUCCGAUCCAUCUACCACCUGGGCAUCGGGAACACUCUCAUACUGCUGGGAUCGCUCAACCUUAUCAAUAAGGUCGUGUUUGUGGUGAGUUUUGUGGGGAACAACGGGACGUUUAUUAUGGGAUACAAAGCCAUGGUGAUGGACAUGGAGUUCCUCUACCACCUGGCAUACGUGCUGACCUCCACACUGGGCCUGUUUGUCCACGAGCUCUUCUACAGCAUCCUGCUGUUUGACCUGAUCUACCGGGAGGAGACGCUGUUUAACGUGAUAAAGAGCGUGACUCGUAACGGCCGCUCCAUCCUGCUGACGGCGCUGCUCGCUCUCAUCCUCGUCUACCUCUUCUCCAUCGUCGGCUUCCUCUGCCUGAAGGAAGACUUCAUCAUGGAGGUUGACCCGCUGCCGCAGAUCGCUGCAGCUCCUCAGCAGAGUGAAGCCUCGCAGGAGUUCCUCAAGUCCUGCUCUGCAGACGGAGUCAGCUGCACCUCCGAGACCAGCGGCGUCACCGCCACCGAGGACGAAGAGGAGGCCGACUCUGAGCGUGCGUGCGACACUCUGCUGAUGUGUAUUGUGACGGUGUUGAACCACGGUCUGAGGAAUGGAGGAGGAGUCGGCGAUGUUCUCCGCAAACCUUCCAAAAAUGAGCCGCUGUUUCCCGCCCGCGUGGUGUACGACUUGUUGUUCUACUUCAUUGUCAUCAUCAUCGUCCUCAACCUGAUCUUCGGUGUGAUCAUCGACACGUUCGCUGACCUGAGGAGCGAGAAACAGAAGAAAGAGGAAGUCCUGAAGACAACAUGUUUUAUAUGUGGGCUGGAAAGAGAUAAGUUUGACAAUAAGACCGUGUCAUUUGAGGAUCACAUCAAACAGGAGCACAACAUCUGGAACUACCUGUUCUUCAUCGUUCUGGUGCGCGAGAAAAAUAAGACGGACUACACCGGACCUGAGAGCUACGUGGCUCACAUGAUCAAGAACAACAACCUGGACUGGUUUCCACGGAUGCAGGCGAUGUCUCUGGUGGUAACCGACGGCGACGGGGAGCAGAACGAGAUGAGGAUGUUACAGGACAAGCUGUCGUCAACCAUGAGGGUGGUGACGACCCUGACCAGUCAGCUGAAUGAGCUAAAAGAGCAGAUGACGGAGCAGAGGAAGAGGAGGCAGAGGAUGGGAUUUGUUGAUGUCCAGGCGGGAGCCAGCGCCGCCGCUGCAGUUCCCCCCAGCGCUGCCGGAGGAAACCACCAAAUGUACAAGACAUAAAGAGACGAUUUAAGUGAAUGCAAACACUAGAACAGAGAAAUGAAACAUGAAUGAUAUCUUUAACGCUCCAAAAAGCCUCGGCAACAACAGCAUACCACUGUAGAUAGACACAGUUAGCAUUUUUGAGUAAGUGUGAUAACGUCAACAAUCCAUCCGACUGAUUUUCUCUGAACAUGACAUCAGCUCAGUGUGCUAGCUAACGUCUCCAACCGUAGCUAACGUCUCCAACCGUAGCUAACAUCUCCAACCGUAGCUAACAUCUCCAACCGUAGCUAACAGCUGGGCUUCACUCUGCCUGCCAGCUCAUUUAAAGUCGACCAAACAGAAUCUUUUCAUUCCUAAACACUAUUCAUGACUAUUUAUGACCCACAGUUCAUAGAUAAAACCCUUCAUUGGAGCCCUUUGUGCCACGCCUGUGAUAUACCUUCAUGGCAGAUCGAUGGGAUAUUUGUGAUGCAGCUGGAAGUUUUACAUCAAUCUGGAAGUUUGUCAAAUUCUAAUUAGGUCUAAUUCAUAAAGACACAAUUAUACAACAAAUAACAUAACAUAAAACUUCACUGUUUGAAUUAUAA